UGAUCAGCUCAUGUCGUGAUAUAAAAUCCAAGAUGACGGACCAAAUUCUGAGAAAUGCCGGGCGUAUUAAAAUUCUGAGAAAUCCAAGAUGGGGACCAAAUUCUUAGAAAUCAGCCAAGAACGGUCAACCUGCGUCCAAGAUAUCCAAAAUGGAGAGCAUGGACACUCCAAAUAACACUUUUUUAUUCACAUCGGAGUCUGUUGGCGAAGGACAUCCAGAUAAGAUAUGUGAUCAAAUCUCAGAUGCUAUUCUCGACGCUCAUCUUAAAGAAGAUCCCAACGCUAAAGUCGCUUGUGAAACUGCGGCCAAGACAGGCAUGAUCUUGCUCUGUGGUGAGAUCACGUCUAAUGCCAGGGUUGACUACCAAAAAGUUGUGCGUGACUGUGUCCAACAAAUUGGAUAUGAUGACUCCAGUAAAGGGUUUGAUUAUAAAACCUGCAAUGUACUUGUGGCUUUGGAACAACAGAGUGUGGACAUUGCUCAAGGUGUGCAUUUAGGCAGACAUGAAGACGACGUUGGAGCAGGAGAUCAGGGUCUUAUGUUUGGUUAUGCAACUGACGAAACAGAAGAACUGAUGCCGUUAACUGUUGUAUUGGCUCAUGGCUUGAAUAGAAAGCUUGCAGAGUGCCGUCGCAAUGGCACCUUGCCUUGGGUGCGUCCAGAUUCCAAGACCCAAGUUACUGUAGAGUACAAGUUUGCAGGAGGUGUGGCUAUUCCUCUACGUGUGCAUACUAUCGUAAUAUCUGUGCAGCAUGAUCCCUCAAUAACCGUAGAGGAACUGAGAAAAGAGUUGAAGACCAAGAUUAUUAAGCCUGUUGUCCCUGCCAAAUACCUGGAUGACGACACCAUUUACCAUCUGCAGCCUUCAGGGUUGUUUGUGAUUGGUGGUCCUCAGGGUGACGCUGGUCUGACCGGGAGAAAGAUCAUUGUAGAUACGUAUGGUGGAUGGGGAGCUCAUGGUGGUGGAGCCUUCUCAGGAAAAGAUUAUACCAAGGUUGAUCGCUCAGCAGCAUAUGCAGCAAGAUGGAUUGCCAAGUCUCUAGUAGCAGCUAAGCUAUGCAGGAGAGUCCUUGUGCAAAUAUCCUAUGCUAUUGGUAUUGCCGAGCCACUGUCAAUUGCAGUUUUCUCCUAUGGAACUAGCGAAAAAUCUGAAGACGAACUGCUUCAAAUUGUUAGAGAAAACUUUGAUCUUAGACCAGGAAGAAUUGUCAAGGAUCUUGAUCUAAAGAAGCCAAUUUACCAGAAAACCUGUGUUUAUGGACAUUUUAAGGAAGGAUUCACCUGGGAAGUUCCUAAGCCUCUCAAAUAUUAACCCACAAACAAACUAAAUCAUCAAUUAAUGGGAAAAAAUCUGAUGCAGCUAUUUUUUUAUUGUAAUUCUUUAUUGAGAUAUUGUAAUUCGUUAUUGAAAUUUGAAUCUUAUCAAAUCUGUGAACUGGUACUUAAGGUGGUAAGCCAGAGCAAAGCUAAAACCCUCUUUCUACUUAAACAUUCAAACCGUAUAUAAGUUUUUAAUUCCAAGAUUUUUUGCUAUGUACUUCAGCAAUUCCACACUUGGCUCUAUACUUGACACAAUUCUACUUCUUCAUACAUCAACUGGCUUUAGAAAUCUUAUGACUAAUGAAUUAUUGAUUUAGGUAAAGUUAACUAGUAUUUUUCUAAUGUAAAUAUAAUUAGAUGCCAAUGGGCCUUUCCACAACUUCAAGCCGUGUUAAAUAUGAGCCAGCUCAAAUUUUACUCAACUUGAAGUUGUGAAAGGCCCAUUGGCACUUUUCUUUAGUCGUUUCAAACAAGGCUCAUAAAAGACCUCUUUGGCUUGGGGUAAUGUUUUCCCAUUUCAGACCACGUGUCAUUCCCUUGAGAAUAAGAUUCUUUGUUUGAGCUGUAUUCAUGUGACUUCUCCAGUGCAACCUAGCGCAAACCUUAAACAAAGAAGUGAUACUCUAGGGAAUGACAUGUGGUCUGAAAUGGGAAAACAUUACGUCAGAGCGUAAGAGGUCUAUUUACCUAUUAUGCAUGUUCUUAUAUGAUUUCUGAGCCCAUUCACACGGCUUACUGCCUCAUCUAUCAUAAAUGUUAUUAAUAUUAUUAAAUACGUCUUGAAUUUUUUUUUUGUUCUUUUCGUUGCUGAUAAAAAAUUGGAAACUUUCAGGCUGUGGCCAGAAGUAAUAAACUUGGUAYUUACUCUA